AAAAACCAUGUAGGCACGCAGAAAAGGAGAUUCUAGCGAAAAUGUAAUGAGGAAGAAUCGAAUGAUUCUCCAUAAUAUGUGCUGCAUUCAUUUUCUGUUGCACAGACGUUAUGGAGGAUUUCAGCCAUUUACCAUUGUUUGUCGAACAUCUUUAAAAUGUAUUUGGAAUUUCUCAUAAGAAUAUAGCUGGUAGAAAAUUAAAGGCCAACUGGAGUACUAGAUUCUGCCGCUAUAAAUAGUGAAACACCCCCACAGAGCUACUUCAGAACUCAAGAAACAGAGGAAAGUGAUCAAAGAAAACAGGUUUGUUACGUCAAGAGAAUAACGAGAAAGAAUGGCAAGCACUGCUGGUCAGGUUAUGCGAAGAAUGGCAAGCACUGCUGGUCAGGUCAUACGUUGUAAAGCUGCUGUAGCAUGGGAAGCUGGAAAGCCACUAAUGAUAGAGGAAGUGGAGGUGGCACCACCUCAGGCUAUGGAGGUUCGUUUGAAGAUUCUCUUCACUUCUCUCUGCCAUACUGAUGUUUACUUCUGGGAAGCCAAGGGGCAAACCCCAUUAUUUCCUCGCAUAUUUGGUCAUGAAGCUGGAGCGAUUGUUGAGAGUGUUGGUGAGGGUGUGACAGACCUCAAGCCUGGUGACCAUGUGCUUCCCGUCUUCACAGGAGAGUGUAAGGAAUGCCGACAAUGCAAAUCAGAGGAGAGUAAUAUGUGUGAUCUUCUUAGGAUCAACACUGACAGAGGGGUGAUGCUGAAUGAUGGCAAGUCUAGAUUUUCAAUUAGAGGGCAGCCAAUUUACCAUUUUGUUGGUACCUCCACCUUCAGUGAGUACACUGUGGUUCAUGUUGGCUGUGCUGCCAAGAUCAAUCCAGCUGCUCCACUUGACAAAGUAUGUGUCCUCAGCUGUGGAAUUUCUACAGGUCUUGGUGCCACUUUGAAUGUUGCUAAGCCAAAUAAAGGCUCUUCUGUGGCCAUUUUUGGACUCGGAGCCGUUGGCCUUGCUGCUGCAGAAGGGGCUCGGAUUUCUGGCGCUUCAAGGAUUAUUGGUGUUGAUUUGAAUUCCAACAGAUUUGAAGAAGCCAAGAAGUUUGGAGUGACCGAAUUUGUAAAUCCAAAAGAUCAUGACAAGCCUGUCCAAGAGGUGAUAGCUGAUAUGACUAAUGGAGGAGUUGAUCGAAGUGUUGAGUGCACAGGAAGUAUCAGUGCCAUGGUUUCCGCAUUUGAAUGCGUCCAUGAUGGUUGGGGUGUUGCUGUACUAGUUGGCGUGCCGAACAAAGAUGACGCUUUCAAAACCCAUCCAAUGAAUAUAUUGAAUGAGAGGACUCUCAAGGGUACUUUCUUUGGAAACUAUAAGCCACGUUCCGACCUUCCUUCCGUCGUAGAAAAAUAUAUGAACAAGGAGCUGGAGCUAGAGAAAUUUAUCACCCAUGAAGUCCCCUUCUCUGAAAUCAACAAGGCUUUUGAGUACAUGCUCAGUGGAGCUAGCCUCAGGUGUAUCAUCCGGAUGGAUGCAUAAGAAUGGUCUGUUCUUAGUGUGAGACGAGCCAAGAAAUUCACGUUUCAGAUUGCGAAUUAAACAAGGCUGUUAGAACUUUACUUUCGCUUAUGAUUUUCUUGUGCAAGAACUGCCUAUUUCUGGCAUUAAUAAAUCAUAGUCCGACUUGUAUUUA